AUGCCCAUCCUGCUGUUCCUCAUAGACACGUCCGCCUCUAUGAACCAGCGCACUGACCUGGGCACCUCCUAUUUGGAUAUUGCCAAAGGCGCUGUGGAGUUAUUCUUGAAGCUGCGUGCCCGGGAUCCGGCCAGCCGCGGAGACAGGUACAUGCUGGUCACCUACGACGAACCCCCGUAUUGCAUCAAGGCUGGUUGGAAGGAAAAUCACGCAACAUUCAUGAGUGAACUAAAAAAUCUUCAGGCUUCUGGACUGACUACUCUUGGUCAGGCUCUAAGAUCCUCAUUUGAUUUGUUAAAUCUCAAUAGAUUAAUAUCUGGAAUAGACAAUUAUGGACAGGGACGAAAUCCAUUUUUUUUAGAACCAUCUAUUUUAAUUACCAUCACAGAUGGAAACAAGUUAACAAGUACUUCUGGUGUUCAAGAAGAGCUUCAUCUGCCUUUGAAUUCUCCUCUGCCUGGAAGUGAACUAACUAAAGAACCUUUUCGUUGGGAUCAAAGGUUGUUUGCCCUGGUGUUGCGUUUGCCUGGAUUGGCUUCUACUGAACCAGAGCAGAUAGGGAGUGUACCAACUGAUGAAUCUGCCAUCACACAGAUGUGUGAAGUCACAGGAGGUCGCUCCUACUGUGUUAGAACACAAAGAAUGUUGAAUCAAUGUUUAGAAUCUUUAGUUCAAAAAGUUCAGAGUGGUGUAGUUAUUAACUUUGAAAAAACAGGACCAGAUCCACUUCCUAUUGGAGAAGAUGGACUUAUGGAUUCAUCCAGGCCAAGCAAUUCAUUUGCUGCUCAGCCAUGGCAUAGUUGUCAUAAGCUCAUUUAUGUGCGGCCUAACUCUAAGACUGGUGUUCCUGUUGGACAUUGGCCAAUUCCAGAAUCUUUUUGGCCAGAUCAGAAUUUACCUUCACUACCUCCACGAACAUCUCAUCCUGUUGUGAGGUUCUCCUGUAUAGAUUGUGAGCCAAUGGUAAUAGACAAACUUCCCUUUGACAAAUAUGAACUUGAACCGUCACCCUUAACUCAGUACAUCCUUGAACGAAAGUCUCCCCAUACUUGCUGGCAGGUAUUUGUUACUAGCAGUGGAAAAUACAAUGAACUUGGAUAUCCAUUUGGUUAUUUAAAAGCCAGUACGACUUUAACUUGUGUAAACCUCUUUGUGAUGCCGUACAACUACCCAGUUUUACUCCCUCUUUUAGAUGACUUGUUUAAAGUUCACAAGCUUAAGCCAAAUCUGAAGUGGCGACAGGCUUUUGACAGCUACUUAAAAACUCUGCCUCCAUACUACUUAUUACCAUUAAAGAAAGCACUAAGGAUGAUGGGAGCUCCAAAUCUGAUAUCAGAUAAUUUAGAUUGUGGACUUAGUUACAGUGUUAUCUCUUACCUUAAAAAACUCAGCCAACAGACCAAACUAGAGUCAGAACGAAUACUAGCAUCAGUGGGGAAGAAACCUCCCCAGGAAAUUGGGAUCAAAGUGAAAAAUCAUUCUGGUGGUGGUGUUUCCUUGACUCACAAUAAAAACUUUAGAAAACUAUUGAAAGAAAUCAUUGGGGAUACUGCACCAAGACUGACAGAAUUGAACACCAAAGAAUUUGCCGGCUUCCAAGUAGGGCUCUUAAACAAGGAUUUGAAACCUCAGGCAUAUAGAAAUGCUUACGAUAUUCCACGUAGAGAUCUUUUAGACCAGUUAACCAGAAUGCGAUCCAAUCUGCUGAAAACACACAAGUUUAUUGUUGUACAAGAUGAAGAUUCUCUUCAUAGUGUUCCAGUUGCACAAAUGGGUAACUAUCAAGAAUAUCUAAAGACAUUGGCUUCUCCACUUCGAGAGAUUGAUCCAGACCAACCAAAAAGACUACAUACUUUUGGCAAUCCAUUUAAACAAGAUAAGAAGGGAAUGAUGAUCGAUGAAGCAGAUGAGUUUGUAGCAGGGCCGCAAAACAAAGUGAAACGUCCUGGAGAACUCAACAGUCCUUUGUCAUCCAAGAGAAGGCGGAGUAUGUCCCUGCUGUUGAGGAAACCACAAACACCACCUACUGUAACUAACCAUGUGGGCGGAAAGGGACCACCCUCAGCCUCGUGGUUCCCAUCUUAUUCAAACCUCAUAAAACCCACCCUUGUAUAUACAGGUGUUACUGUCACUCACGAUGUUCAUGAGGAGAAGAUGGAAAAUGGUCAAAUCUCACCUGAUGGCUUCUUGUCAAAAUCUGCUUCACAAGAGCUUAUGAAUAUGGCAGGAGAUGGUAUCCCGCCCGACCAAGUGGAUUCUCUAUCUGAUGAUUUCACUAGUCUCAGGGAAGAUGGCCUGAUUCACAAACCUGGGUGCAAUGCACAUAUAGGAGAAACCAAGAACUGCAGCGUCUCUGUGGAUGAUCAAGAAGUCUCAGUAACAUCUGCUUUGGAAAGUGUGCCAAGUACAUUGCAGAUAACUCCUGCUAUGGCACAAGGAAUCAAUGCUGAUAUAAAACACCAGUUAAUGAAGGAAGUUCGAAAAUUUGGACGAAAGUAUGAAAGAAUUUUCACUUUGCUUGAAGGAGUACAAGGACCUCUUGCAGUCAAGAAACAAUUUGUUGAAUUUACCAUCAAGGAAGCUGCAAGGUUUAAAAGAGUGGUCUUAAUUCAGCAACUUGAAAAGGUCCUGGAAAAAGUUGAAUCCAACCACCUGAGCAAAAAAAGUUAA